AUGGAAGAUGCUGGAGAUUGGGACUUCGCGAUGCCGUCCACAUCAUCAGUAAGUUCUUAUUCUCUCUAUCUCUCUGCCCAAAUCACAUGAAGCCCUUCAAGUCCCCGUAGGCCAGAGUCUGAUAUUAUACAUUUCUUCUUCUUCUUCUUCUUCGUAUUAUUACUAUUAUUAUUAUUCUAAGCCCUGUGUGCCCCCAAAUUCUCUGAAUAUUCCGUGAGAAAAUCCACCGAAAAAUUCUCUACACUCUCUAACAAAAUGUACAAGAAUCUUCAGGUUAGACUAGGAAAUGAGCGCGGAGUGAUUCGAAUUCAUGAAGAGUACAACAUUUGCAGAUUCUUCCGGCACUGCCGCAAAACGGCACAAUGAAGACGUACGAGAAUCCGUCACGGACGUUCACGCGGCCGUAUUCCGCCAAAACUUGCUAUUUCUACAAAGAAGGCGACUUGUUCUUCACUGUAAGCACACUUUUUUUUGGGGGAUUUUUAAAGCAAGGCGUCUGUUUGAAACGGUAAAUUAAUUUUUAGGGUGUUCGAGUGCCAAUCUCCCAUCAUCGCUACAAGACGAUCAAUAAUUUGAUGGACGAACUCAAUCGGACCAUGUUUUUACCCUAUGGCGUUCGUUUUUUUUUUUUUGUUAAUACAACUCUUACCGCGUUUCGAGCAACCCUUUUCGAAGACAAUUUGCAUGUUUCUGGCUCCAGAUUCCGUGCUCCAAAGCUAUAGAAAUACAUCUGGCCCUCCGUAAACUCUAUAAACUCGUGAUAAAUGGAAAAGAGAGAAAGAGAGAAAGUGUGCGAGUAAUGGAGUUACGGAGCCGCGUGACUUUCGAUAUUAUCCAGUUAUGAGUUGUUGUUUGCGAGCAUUUUUCGAUGUAUACAUUCAUAGAAAUGAACCUACAGUGCGUGGCUAUAUUUUGGCGUCAUCUGGACAUGUUUGUGCCAGAGAUGUUGGGAAUUCCGUGUUCCGUGUUCCGUGUUCCGUGUUCCGCGUUUUUUUGCAAUAUUUUUUCCGUGUUCCGUGUUCCGUAAAAAAAAAAUUUCCGUUUUCCGUGUUCCGUGUUCCGUAAAAAAAAAAAUUUUCCGUGUUCCGUGUUCCGUGUUCCGUAAAAAAAAAAAAUUUUCCGUUUUCCGUGUUCCGUGUUCCGUAGAGUAAAAUUUUUAUUCCCAACAUCUCUGGUUUGUGCUCAAAGACUCCAAGGAAAGAGCUUUUAAGAUCAUAGAUGCUUUUUUUUGUUUCGUUUCUUAUGAAUAUUGCGAGCAGCCUGUCACAAAAUAAGGUUGUCUCUAAAUGUCCGGAUCAUGUCAAAAUCCUUUUUUUCCGCUGUUUCAACAGUUCUUCGAUAGUCAGUCAUCAUCACUUCACCGCUCCUGCUCCAUGAAAAAGCCCGCGAAGUUCGACACUGAAAACCCAAGUGAAAAAACAUUUGUUGUCGGUUUUUAGUGUGUUCUUUCUGAGAAGAAGAUGUGCAACAAGGCGAAAGAAUAGGUUUUGAGAACAAAAAAAAAUUAUUUUCUGCCUUAAUUUUCAAGAAUUCGGUGUUCAGAGCAAUGAGAACUCAACGAAAGAGCACGGAAGAAUUUUUAUCUUUUUUAGAAAAUUUUUUCAUGAAAUGUGCACAACUGACGAAAUGUAUAGCAAAGUGAACUGUGCUCAUAGAAAAAUAAUUGUAAAUUUAGCGUUUCAUACAAAAAAGUUAUGCCUUCCGUCUUCCGUUAGCCCUCCUUUUUUCACGGAACAACUCGAAUAACUUUUUUGUAUGAAACGCUAAAUUUACAAUUAUUUUUCUAUGAGCACAGUUCACUUUGCUAUACAUUUCGUCAGUUGAUCACAUUCCAUGAAAAAAUUUUCUAAAAAAGAUAAAAAUUCUUCCGUUGAGUUCUUCCGCUCAACUCUGGUGGGAGAGUACGAAACGUUUCCAAACCGGGUGCGCCGGGCGUUACUUUGUAUGCCAAAUCGAGUAGCGUUCACACAUUUUUUUGAUAUAUUGUUUGGUCUUCUGGUCUGAUCGCAGAGUCCAAAAUUGAGGAAGGUCUUGUAAGAUACGACACAAAAUCCCGCGCGACGAAUUAGGAAGACCUAUUUUUCCAAUAAUUUUUUGAUUAUGUGCUAUGUGUCUAGUCUGAAACUACGUAAAGAGUUUGUGUUAUGACUCAUAAGGGACGGAAAUUUGAAGAAAAAAAAUUCACAACAAUUUUCAGGUUCGAAGAAUAACGACUCCGAUGGGUCGGACCAACAUUGACGGAUUAGAUCAACUUGUGCACUUGGGAAAGUGAGUUUAUUUAGAGAACUGCACAAAGACUUUUUUUUCCAGGUACGUGGCAUCGUCCUCAAAUCCUCCAAAAGGAGUGGAUUUGGAUAAAAUUCAAGAGAAAAAUUCGGCUGCAAAGACACGACAUCCGAAUAAAACGAACGGAGGACAGGCGUAUUGGGUUAGUCUUUUUUUCUCCGAAUUGCAAACACAAAUACAUAUUCUUUUGAAACCGAAAAGGAAAGUUCACUACUCUAUAUUAGAAGGGCAACUGCAAUGCAAUGAUCCUAUCGGACCCAAACUUUGCAGACUUCUUGGACUUGGAUUGAAGUUGGUUGGGUCCAAGUUUCAGCCCGAUCGGAUAAUUUACUGUCGAGUUAUAGUGCUUGAGAGCCGAUUUUUGCUAAUAAUCCAUAGAUCCGAUCAAUGCAGUUUUGGAGUGGUUCAAUCCAACUCCAAAUCGCCUGCAAAGUUUGUUUGGGUCCGAUCCGAUAAUUUUUGAAACUAGAAAAGUGAGCUAGAGCAGUUUUUUCCCAAAAAAAAAGUAUCGCAUUGCUCCCCGAGCUCGCUCGGCUAAGCGGGAUUUCAAUAGAAAAUCGGGUGAUUGGAUGCAUUUAGAUAGCCGGGGAUUAGACUUGUUUUGUCGCAUGAAGACGUCAAGAAUAUUGUAUUGUUCGAGAGAGAAUGAAAAGAGGGAUUUGUAUUCAGUCGGUCGGUCGAUUCUCGCAUUACCUGGUCACAAACAUCCAACUCACACUCGACUUUACGGUUUCAUUUCUCGAACAUUUAUUCAUUUUCCAUCAGCUCAACUAUUUUAGUGUUGAAUACCAAGAAAUGUGUGUUUUCCGCCAGAUUAGCCACGAAAAAUCGAUAAUUUCUGAUUUGUCUCUCGAUAGACCGAUUGUAUAGGCUAUUACGAAUUUUUUAAGCGAAAGACCGUUAAAUUUGGUCAAGUCGCAAAUCACAUUUAUCCGUUUGAAGGUUUUUGGCUAAAACUGCGUGAAUUUCAGUUGCUUUUCGGUAAUUUUCGCUGUUUUUACUUACUUACUUAGUUACUAAGUAAGUAACUAAGUAAGUAAGUAAAAAUCAAUUCUGUCAGAAAACGGUCAAGAAAGCGCAAAAUCAGAAGUUUUUGGGCGGCGAAGGCGAAAAAGCAAAGUCCGCGAAAAAAGAACGCCAAAACGUCAUUAAUUCUGUGGGAAUUAGUGUGUUUUCAUGUCGCACAUGCAUUUUUCAUUGCCUUUGAGCACAAAAAUCAGAGAAAACCUGCUGAAUUCAUGAAAACGUACCGUAAUCCGUGUCAGAUGCCGACCACUCCGAACCUUCCGGCCCGUAUCCAAAUGUCUCGAACUCUUCGAAAUCUCUACAGUCUAAUCGCCGCGAAAGUGGUCAGUUUUACCCGAUUUUGUUUGCAGAUUUGAGAGUCCUUGCAAAAAUGUCCGCCACGUCGUCGGCCCAAGGCAGCCGAUUCCACCGCGAUUGCCGAAAAUCAAUGCCCACACUUCGUGAAAUUGAACGAUUACAGUUCGCGCCGAAAGUCGCCAAGGUUUCGCGCGAAAAAUGAAAAAUUGUUCUCGCCGCAAAAAGCGUGCGCGCUUUUAUGGGUUACUGUAGCGCUUAAAGUGUGUGAAAUGUGCGGUGUUUGCGUACCAGACACUGUAUUUCACGACUUUUUUGUGUGUUGAACUCUUCCAUUCCAACAAAAUAGAAGGAAUCGAUUAAAUUUCAAGGCGAAUUUGAAACAAAUAAGGAAACUUUACCUUAAAAAACGCUUAAAGUGCGUCGUGUCCCUCGAGGACGCAAAUAAUGGGAACAAGUGAAAAACAAAACGAAAAAAAUGUAGUUUUGUGGGGCGAAGACGGCCGAAAAACAAUAAGGAAAUCAUGAGCAAAGAGCACAAUUUUUACGACUCCAAUUUCUCUCUCUCUCUCUCUUCUUCCUACGAUUCGUCUCUUCUGCCUUCUGUUUUCUCCACACCAAUUUUUUCGAGAAUUCCAUAUUCUUCUUGGAAAAUGAACGACGGAAAGGUAAUUUUGAGUGCAUUUCCCCCGUCUCAAACAUCAAAAAUCACAAGUUUCGCGUAAAAUCGAGUGCCCAGUACGCAAACACCGUAAAAUCGCUAAAAAAUGACAGUUUCAGGUGUGAAAUCGUAAGUUUAUCGGGGGAAAAAAAUGUCGUAAAAUCGGGUGCCUGAUCCGCAAUCACCACGUUUCCAGGUAUUGUUCGUUUUGAACGGAAAAGGCAAAUUCUACAAAACGCUGAUAAAUCCGAUGAAAAUGCCGACGAUGGAGCAACUUUUGACCGAGUGUUCCACUCAUUUGGAGGUUUACACGGGUUGCCAGAACAAUGUUCACAAAAUGUGUCUCGCCGUUUCAGAUUGCAAUUCAUCGAUUCUACACGCCCGAAGGUGUCCUAAUCACGACGGUCGAGGAGAUUUUGGCAACUAAUAGUCCGCGGGUGAGAGAAUCAUUUAUGCGGCGCGUCCAAAGUCUCGGAAAAACCCGGAAAAACCGCACGUUUUUCUGUCCAAAGUCGACCGAAAUUUGCGUGAAAAACGGCAGGUGCGCACAGCUGAACGAAUGUAACCGUACCCCUAAAACUACGGUAUUUUUUGAAAAUUUGUUAAUUUCUUGAGAAUAUUUGAAAAUAUUCAAAUUUCUUGCGCAAAUUUUCAAAAAAUACCGUAGUUUUAGGGGGUACGGUUACAUUCGUUAAGCAUCCCCGUUUUUCACGCACAUUUCGGCCGACUUUGGACCAGAGAUGUUGGGAAUUCCGUGUUCCGUGUUCCGCGUUUUUUUCAAUAUUUUUUCCGUGUUCCGUGUUCCGUAAAAAAAAAAAUUUCCGUGUUCCGUGUUCCGUGUUCCGUAUAAACUAUAUUUUCCGCGGAAAAAUGCUCGCCUCGUAGAUCAAAUUUAUCUCCGGAAAGAUUAGGACAAUUGACGUCUUGUGGUCAAAAUUUGAAAAUUUUCGGAUUCGGACCAUAUUCGUGAAAAGUGGAUUCCAUUUUCAGUCGUUUUUUACUGUAGUUGUUUACUGUUGUGUUGUUGGUUUUGUUAUUUUUAUGAAAUUUUCAGUAAAACUUUCACAUGAGUCAAACAGCUGCCUUGUCAGUCAGAUAAUUGAAUUAAACAAAACAUUAUUUUUAAAAAAAUCACUGGAAUUCUCUUGAAAACGCUUUUUUCCGUGUUCCGUGUUCCGUAAAAAAAAAAUUUCCGUUUUCCGUGUUCCGUAGAGUAAAAUUUUUAUUCCCAACAUCUCUGCUUUGGACAUAAAAACCUGCGGUUUUUCCGGGUUUUUCCGAGACUUUGGACGCGCCGCGUUAGAAACAAUGUUUCUUGAUCACAAUUUUGCAGAUCAUCGCCUGUCCACGUCAUGAACGACCGAUUUUGGUGUCGAAUGCGAACGGAAGAGACGUUCAUUUGCCGGAAAUUCAUCCGUCCAAGUUUGCGCCGAGAUUACCGUACCAUCGACCGGGUAAAUUCAAGCGCACACAAUUGACACACUACAGUACUCCCCGUCUUGCAGACUAUAAAAGUUCGUCGACAGGAGGAUCCGGUGGAAUUGACACUUCCGGCAAUUCGUCGGGAAACAGCAUUGAGAAAAGGUACGGGGGGCCUGAACUAGGGCUUUUUAAGGCCUGGACGAGUCAUCCGAUCGGGUCCAAACUUUGCUCGGACCUAUCGGAUCAUGUGGUCCCGAGAUAUGUAGAUCAAAGACCGAAAAGACCGCAAUUUCGGGAAACGGAUAAUCCGAUAAGCCUGAAACUCGGUCCCAAGAAGCCUGCAUUGUUAGGGUUCGAUCGGAUUAUUGAUUGCAAGAGGAUCAAAAGUCUCAAAAGUUCCUUCCGCCUUCAAAAAGCCUGAGCCGGUCGUUGACUUUAUCGAUAAAUUUAUCGAUAAAGUUUUAAAAGCAUUCUCUCCACAUUUAUUUAUCAAUACUUUAUCGAAACAUUAAUCUCAUUUGCAGAGAACGUCUUCCUCCGGUCCAGCACAGCCGAUACGUUCCCCGAAAGCGGCAACAACUCCAGAAUUCGGACGCCUACGCGCCGAAAUCGUUCUCGACGGAAAAACCAGAAAGAUACAAUAGACGGACGGUCCCAAUCGGGACGAACAUUGUCAAAACUACAGUAGUCGAACAACGGAAGACAAUGGAUAAAAUGGCGGAAAAAGGCGGAGAGAAAGGGACGGAAAAGUCGUCGGCGACGAGUUUGAACGGAAAUUGGAAAGACUCUGGGACCGGCAACUCCAUUUCCAGCUCCAGACAGUCGGAAAGGGCUGAGAGCAUGACGGAGAGGUAACACAUACACAAUUUAUUAUAGCCUCUCACACAGUUGACUUUUUCCAGAAAAGCCCAGAUGAUACGUGACGAGUUGCGUGCCAAUUUGAACCAACAAAGCGGCUCGGACCACUAUUCGGAAGAGGAUCGCAUACUCGAGGAGGACAGCGAUUUCGACAAUGUCGGUGAGUACACAAACACACUUGUUGUUCUCUGAUUCGUACCAGAGUUGAGCGCGCAAGAAUUUUUUUUAUCUUUUUUAGAAAAUUUUUUCAUGGAAUGUGAUCAACUGACGAAAUGUAGAGCAAAGCGAACUGUGCUCAUAGAAAAAUAAUUGUAAAUUUAGCGCUUCAUACAAAAAAGUUAUUCGUUCCGUCUUCCGUUUGCCCUCCUUUUUUCACGGAUCAACUCGAAUAACUUUUUUGUAUGCAGCGCUAAAUUUACAAUUAUUUUUCUAUGAGCACAGUUCACUUUGCUAUACAUUUCGUCAGUUGAUCACAUUCCAUGAAAAAAUUUUCUAAAAAAGAUAAAAAUUGUUCCGUUGAGUUCCCCUACAACUUGAAGACAAAUUGGAGUUUCAGUAGCCGGCGGGAUCGAAAGCGGAACGGACGAAGAGAGAGAAAAAGCGGACAGUGCGCUGGGAUCCACUCAGAAACAUUCGCCAUUGACACGUGGCAGCACUCAUUCGCAUCGAACUCCCGCCCGAAGAACCCCGUCGACGUCGAGUUCCGAUCGGGAGCCGGCACGAAGCACUCGGAGCAAACGAUUGAGCCGGCAGGAGACUCCUGCCGCACAGGUGGGCUUUUCGAUUCCUUGACCUUAAAGGACUUUAUGUGUGUCUCCACAUUCACUGUCCGAGCGCCAACUUUCAGAAAUAGCUGUGAAUGGAACAGCGCUUAGUCAAAGUUGUGGCCGCGGACCAGAGUUGAGCGGAAGAACUCAACACGGAAGAAUUGUUAUCUUUUUUAGAAAAUUUUUUCAUGAAAUAUGAUCAACUGACGAAAUGUAUAGCAAAGUGAACUCUGCUCAUAGAAAAAUAAUUGUAAAUUUAGCUUUUCAUUCGAAAAAGUUAUUCGAGUUGUUCCGUGAAAAAGGGGGCUAACGGAAGACGGAAGGCAUAACUUUUUUGUAUGAAAAGCUAAAUUUACAAUUAUUUUUCUAUGAGCACAGUUCACUUUGUUAUACAUUUCGUCAGUUGAUCACAUUUCUUGAAAACAUUUUCUAAAAAAGAUAAAAAAUUCUUGCGUGUUCUUCCGUUGAGUUCUUCCGCUCAACUCUGCCGUGGCCGAGAAAAGUUCUAGGCCUUGCGAUUUUUUUUUGGCGUUCGGCAAAAUCUUCAUACGUUGCAAAACAUUCAUUCACACAAAUCAGCAUCCGUACAGAGUGCAAGAGCAUUAAACUGCUCACAAGGGGAAGAGUUUUCACACCGGAGUUUUCUAGGCCACCACGGCCACAACUUCAACUGCACGCCGUUUCGUUCAUUGGCAUUUUUGAGGCAAUAAUGGGGUUAUUCAGGCUGUGAAAAAAAUGAUUUUUUUCCCCGUUUUUUUUCGUUUUCUUGCGUCAAAAAACUCAAUUCAGCGGUGUAAAAAAAACGAAAAAAAAAAACGGAAAACAAACAUACGCUGAAUAGCCCCAUAAGAGCCCAAUUCAAACAGCCACAAAAAAUGUUAGGGUUCCCUGGUCCUUUAAAAAUGUCACUUUCAGACCCCACCGUCAACGUCUGGAUCCGCUGGAUCCGGAUCUUCGCGGCCAAAGUCAACUUACUCGUCCCGGCCACCGACUGGCUCACAAAUUGCCGAGGAGGAAAACGGCCGAGAAGGAUCGGAAUCGUCGGAAGAAGAAGCGGACGAGGAUGUGCCGGAAACUCCGGCCAUCCACACCCCGGACACGCGAAUGUCCACUGGAAAUUCGUUGCGAACCAUUGUGAGCGGCAGUUCGAACGCGUGGAGUCGCAUCUCGCAGUUCAGCGACAAGGUUUGGGCUUCUAGGCCGCGCCGGGGAGGAAAAAACUACUAGGCCUCCCGUCAUUUUUCAGGAAGUCCAAUUGCCGUCCGACGACGAAGAAGCGGAUCUCUCGCCGCGCGAACGGGAACGUCGGAAUCAGGCGGCGCGUGUGGUGCAGAGGACGAUGAGGAGAGGUACGCGAGGGCGUCGGGGAUUACGGUACUCUCAAUUGUUUUUGAAUUUUCAGUCAAAUUCGAACGUGAUAAGGAGGAAAAGAAGAGGGCGCGCAUCGCCUAUGAAGCGUCCAGUGAGUUCUAGUUUUCUAGAAGAACACGGAAGAAUUUUUUAAAAAAUCUUUUUUAGAAAAUUUUUUCAUGGAAUGUGAUCAACUGACGAAAUGUAGAGCAAAGUGAACUGUGCUCAUAGAAAAAUAAUUGUAAAUUUAGCGCUUCAUACAAAAAAGUUAUUCGAGUUGUUCCCGUGAAAAAAGGAGGGCUAACGGAAGACGGAACGAAUAACUUUUUUGUAUGAAAAGCUAAAUUUACAAUUAUUUUUCUAUGAGCAGAGCACACUUUGCUAUACAUUUCGUCAGUUGAUCACAUUCCAUGAAAAAAUUUUCUAAAAAAGAUAAAAAUUCUUCCGUGUUCUUUCGUUGAGUUCUCAUUGCUCUGAACACCGAAUUCUUGAAAAUUAAAGCAGAAAAUUAUUAUUUUUUGUUCUCAAAACCUAUUCUUUCGCCUUGUUGCACAUCUUCUUCUCAGAAAGGAAACACUAAAAACCGACAACAAACUGUCGAAGUGAAGAGCAAAAUGCGUGCGGCAGCGUUGCGAAAACUGCGCGCACUACUUGCAAGAAAGGGGCGGGGCGCCAUUUGAACUUCGCGGGCUUUUCUCAGGGGGCAGGAGCGGUGAAGUGAUGAUGACUGACUAUCGAAAAACUGUCGAAACAGCGGAAAAAAAAACGGAUUUUGACAUUUUCAGUGAUCUCCUACACUGUCGACGUGCACAUCGGCUCGCGCUUCAACGUCGACUUUGACACGCGCCUAUUCGUCGUUCUUCACGCCGCCAACGGAGAGAAAAGCGAAAAGAUUUGGUCGGAAGAGGUGGGGAGAGAAAGAGAGAGAGAGAGAGAUUAAACUUGCUCUCUUUUCGCUUCAGCCAAACUAUCUGUUCAACGAGAACAACUACAGCGAAAACGACGGUUAUCACCUCAUUUUCAACAAACGCACCAGACAUUUGGGCGUUUUGACAAGUCUGGAAGUGGGUCACGAGCAGCAGGGUUACGGUAAGUCGGAAACUAGUAGGCCCAACUGACAAAAUUCCAAUUUGCAGGUGCCGGAACGUACAUCAGCCGAAUAACAGUGUCGGAGGACACUGUCGACGGCUGUCUCUUCCUGUUCCACGUCGAAAAAUGGUUCGACAGUGGCCAAGUGGACGGGCUGAUCGAGAGGACGAUCGCGACGACGAGCUUCCGCUACCAAACAUCGCUGAUGAAGGAGCGAAAACCAACGGGUGCGUUUAAAAUUGUCGUUUUGUUGCGGAAUCGUGUCAAUCGAUACAAUAUCGAUUUAAUUUGCAGCCGGACGCUGGUCAUUCCGACUCUACUCGAAACAAGGCGAGCUCGGCGGAACCACAUCGUCCAUCAUCGUUGUGGCAUACGGUAGAGCCCCCCGGAUCGCGUGCAAAUACAAUAUUUUUUUUUGUCACAGGCACUCAGUCGAGCAUCCAUUACGAGCUCCCUCGAAGUCGACUUUUGAUGACGACCGACGGAGCGCUCAUCCAACUAGAGUUCGGCACCGAUAUUGGAUACUUGCGAAAAGUUCGCUUCGAGUUGGUGCCCUACGGCGAUCAACCCGACUACUAUCUGGAAUACGUGGAAAUGGAGGACGUGGACACGAAGGAAAAAUGCACUGUUUUGUGAGUCAUUUUAGCGAUUUAUCGCAAACUUCUAUCACGGGGGGCGUGGCCUAAUCUGAGACGCGUUUUCUGAAAAUUGCCGCAAUUCCAGCACUUUUCCGUUGUUUUUGUGUGUUUGAUAUCGACGAAAGAAGACAUUAAAGAGAGAAAACAUCGAAAUUUUCGUGAAAUUAAUUUCGAAAUUUUCGUGAAAUUAAUUUCGUGAAUUAAUGACGUUUUGGCGCAUUUUUCGCAGACUUUGCUUUUUCGCCUUCGCCGCCGAUCGCCGCCUAAAAACCGCACUUCUCAUUUUGCGCUUUCUUGACCGUUUUCAAACAGAGCUGGUUUUGAGAAUGAUAAAUCACGUAAAUACAAGCAUUUUGAGCGCUCGAACCGCGAAAAUUACCGAAAAGCAACUGAAAUUCACGCAAUUUUAGCCAAAAACCUUCAAACGGAUAAAUGUGAUUUGCGACUUGACCACAUUUAACGCUCUUGCGCUUAAAAAAUUCGUAAUAGCCUGUAAAAUCGGUGUAUCGAGAGACAAAUGAGAAAUUAUCGGUUUUUCGUGGCUAAUCUGGCAAAAAACACAAAUUUUGCUGUUAAAAUUAGAAUUUCGCGCCAAUGUAUCGCUCUAUUGGGCGGGGCGCACUUGCACCCAUUUUCAGCUCUGGAGACCGUGCGAUGUGGAUAGUUUUGAGACGAAGUGAGUGUCGGAAGUGAUUAAGCACGUUAAUUCAAGUAUUUUAAGCGCUGAAACGGCAAAAAGUAUCGGCGAAUGACUGAAAUUCGCGCAUUUUCAGCACAAAACUUGAAAAUCGAUUAAAUUGAUUCAUUUCUGAAUGAAACGUGCUCGUUUUAAGCUCAAAAAGUGCGCGAUGAUUAGUUUAACAAAGUUAUGCAAUAACAUCGUCGAAACCCGUACAAAAUUUGGGUAAUUUUUGACGAAAGACAUGUGAAAAAUGGGGUUAAAUUUCGAAUUUCGCGCCAAAAUGGUAGGCCACGCCCCUUUCUACGUUUUUGGUCGCCGUUUAAUUCUAAAAAAAUUUGUUCAUUCAGUGUAAACGGAUGGUUGCACUCGGGCGCGGCGCCCGGAUACCGAAAGUGGCAAGGAUUCCGCGAGAUGGCCUUGUUCCUGGACAACAACUAUACCGUACCCUCUAGUACGUUUUCCAACUCUCUACUUUCCUCUGCAAUUGUAAACAUUUGCAGCAAAAACGUACGAGGGAACAGUGAAAUUGGCGGAUCGAUCGUUGUGUGUGGACGAGAAGGAUCCGCAAAUAUUCCUUCAAUUCUUCCACUCAUCCUCGGAAAAGGACGAAAUAAAAGAGGAUGCGAGUGGCCUUGUGCCGGUGGUUCCGGUCAAAAUGAAAAAUGGAAAUAUUGUGCGUUCACGUUUCGCGUUCAACUUUUCAAAACAUACUUCCAGAACUACACCUACAAAAUCGAGUACGUCACUACAAGCACCGCACCGAAUAUUCGCGUCAUACCACAACACAUUACUCAAUUAGGUAACUUUUUGUGAGAGAACAAACACUUCAAUAUCACAACGUUUUCCAGGAAAAGAUAUUCUAGACGGACUCGAUUUGUUGAAAUGGAUGUAUUCCAGUUUAGUGUAUCGCCAAGUGAUUGGCGGAGAGAUGAAAGUCGGCGCCGAGGUACGUUUUUGGGCGAUAUCUCGAAAACGUGAAGAGAUUGCGAAAAGUGGCAAGAGACAAAAAUGAUCAGCGUGAAAUUUGCUAUCGAUUGAUGUAUAAUGCGUCCAAAAUCUCGGAAAAACCGCACGUUUUUCUGUCCAAAGUCGGCCGAAAUUUGCGUGAAAAACGGGCGUGCGCACAGCUCAACAAAUGUAACCGUAACCCUAAAACUACGAUAUUUUUUUUAAUGUGCUCAAGAAAUUUGAAUAUUUUCAAAUAUCCUCAAGAAAUUAUCAAAUUUUCAAAAAAAAUCGAUAUUUAUCGAUAAUAUCGAGAAAAAAAUCGAUAAUAUCGAUAGUUUUUGGAAAUCUUGUUAAUUUCUUGAGGAUAUUUGAAAAUAUUCAAAAUUCUUGCGCAAAUUUUUAAAAAAUACCGUAGUUUUAGGGGGUACGGUUACAUUCGUUGAGCUGUGCGCCACACCCCCGUUUUUCACGCAAAUUUCGGCCGACUUUGGACCAGGGGUGUGCGGAAAAUAUUUCGAUUUUCCGAAAUUUUCCGAUUUUCCGAGAAAUUUUCGGAAAAUUAGUGUGGAUUCAAGGUCAAUUUGUCCGAAACCACCGUAUGCUUUUUAAAGGCGCAUCACAAAAUUUUUGGAAGGGUCUAGCAGCGAGCGUCUUUUAAAAUUUGAAACAACCGCGCGUCUCAUUCUCACUGACAAUCGGAAAACACUGGACCCGGAGAGCUUCUCUCGGCUAAUUUUUUUGCAAAAAAAUAUUCCAUUGCUUGGCUUCCGCCCACUCAAGUGAUUUCAAAUCAUAAUAAGCAUUUUUUUGUAUUAGAACGUUGUUUAAACACUUUAUUGAACCAAUGAACAAGUGAGUUUUCCGAUUUUUCCGAAAUUUUCCGAAAAAAAAAUUCGGAAAACCGAUUUUUCGAAAUUUUCCGAAAAAAAUUUUCCGCACACCCCUGCUUUGGACAGAAAAACCUGCGGUUUUUCCGGGUUUUUCCGAGACUUUGGACGCGGCAUAACAUGCCAUGGAAAUAAGAAAUAAUACGGAAACAAAAACACGUUUGUUUCUCUAAAGCGAACUCGAAUUGCAGCUUUUCAUCGAGGAAAUUCACCAUAAAAACGGAGAUCACAUUCCGUUUUCGAUGAUCUACCGAAAUUCGAACAUUGAAUACGAGCGAAAUCACGAUCAGGGACCGUUUUUCAAACAAAUGACCGCCAGCAGUACGUUUUUCCACACAUUUGUGUUCUCAACUGAUUCACAGAUCACUCAGGCUCGCCGGCCACGUCGACAAUGCGAAAGUGGAAGAAAAGCGAUUUGAGGAGUGUGGAGACCGAUGCCACGUGGCACUUGUACAUGAGUUUGAGGGUGCGAACUUGUUUCUUCACUUUUUCUAUUCGUUUAUCGAUUUGCAGCACCCGUACGAAAUUCUGCCGCACUCUGACCCGAUGAUGCCGCCGGUGAGAGUGAAGUUGUCGGCUGCGGUGGCCAUUCCGACCGUUACCCUCGUCGCGAAAGACCACCGAACGUUCGAGAUGGACUGUCAGCAGGAGAGACCGGAGAAGUACGAGGAGGGAAUGCUCCUCAAGUACACCGUACGUUUUCAUAUACUUUAAAGUGUUAUGGGGCUAUUGGGGCUAUUCAGCGUAUGUUUGUUUUCCGUUUUUUUUUCGUUUUUUUACACCGCUGAAUUGGGUUUUUUGACGUAAAAAAACGGAAAAAAUCAUUUUUUUUUCACAGCCUGAAUAACCCCAUUAUGGGGCUAUAAAGGGGAUGAAAAAAUGAUUGUUUUCCAGUUUUUUUCCCCUAUUCAGCGAUGUCAAAAAAUGGAAAAAAACGGAAAGAAAUGCAUCGCUCGCAGCGUUUUUUUUCCGGCGGGUCUCGCAGCGAUUUCAUGCGGCUACUGUGAGAGACGUUUUAUGAGUGGAUUUACGAGAAGGGGGGGUUUUUUUCUUCUAAUUUUUCAGCGAAAUUGCCACGUUUUCCCGCUAUUUUCAACCGAUUUUCAACGGAAUUUCAGUUUUUCUUUAUCUGUUAUGGUAACUGAUGCGAAAUUGUCACGUUUACCGCUAUUUCCAACCGAUUUCGCUUGAAUUCUUUUUUUUUGUAUAUUUUCGAGUGCCUCGUCAUAUCGUUCAAAACAUUAAGGCUUUUCGGUGAAAAUCGGUUCAAAAUAACGCGAAAACGUGGCAAUUUCGCUGAAAAAUUAGAAACAUUUUCGUAAAUCCACUCAUAAAACGUCUCUUACGGGAAAUCGCUGCGAGACCCGCCGGAAAAAAACCCUGCGAGCGACGAAUUUCUUUCCGUUUUUUUUUCCAUUUUUUGAAAUCGCUGAAUAGGGAAAAAAACGGAAAACAAUCAUUUUUUCAUCCCCUAAAUAGCCCCAUUAUGAACUUUAUUUUGCAGCUUUCGUGCCCGAAUUUCGGAAAUCCGGCCAAGGUCCGAGUGUCGCUCGAUUUUGCCAAAUCCGAAUUUUACACGCACGUCUGGAAGGUGAGUGUGGCCUGAAUUUGUCAAUUUUACAUUCAAAUUUGUUUUUUUCAGAUGAAACUGCACGAAGUCAACACGGGAACGCACGUGUUUCUCAACUUGGACGAGCCGAUUUACGAGCUCGAAACGAAGGAAUUAUUGUGCGGAUAUCCGGACAUUGGCAACUAUUGUACGUCCACUUUUUGGUGUCGGCAACACACGUUUUGUUCCGUUGAAAUUACAGCACUCCUCUCGGAAUACGAAUUGCACAUUCGAACUGUCGAGGGCGACAGCAGCAACUUCCGUCCGUUCAUAAAAUUGAUUGGCGAGGACGGCGACACCGGCUACAGGCCCCAUCCGGGUAUUAUCGACUUUCGCGCCAACACGGUAUGGCCUAGAGAAGAGAAAAAGUUCGGCCAUGAUGGGGCUUUCUUUCAGGUCUUCGAAAUGGUGAUCACGGCGUCGGAUAUGAAAAGAUUGCAAAGCAUCGAAGUGUGGGCCAAAAUCGGAACAGUGAGAUUGAUUAUUAAUUUAACGAUAAAGAGAGAGUAACUGUUUUUUUUCAGCCAAAAAACUGGAAGGGAUCCAUCCGAAUAGUUUCGACCGAGAUGAAAGGAUCGAAAAAAGAAGUUCGAUGCGUUUAUCAGUCUGGAUUAUUGUAAGUUUCAGUGUUACUUUUAAACUACAUUCAAAUUGUAAAUCUCCGUGAAACGGUAAUCCUAAAUCAUUCCAAUUGCUUGUCGUUUUUGCAGAGAACUCUCGAAAAACGGUCAAAUAGCAAUGGGACCGCUGCAAUUCCUCGGACACGACGAUCCGAUGGAAGAAGGAGAGAGCAGUGUGUGAUCGGAUUAGCACCUCAUUUUUGUUGAUUUUUCUCAUUCUUGCCCAUCGAAAUUCGAUCAUCUUGUUUUAUUUGUCCUCUUCAUUACACAUGUAACAUGUCUUUCAAUGUUUUUAUUUCAAAUGCAAUAAUUCUUACAACGUUUAGUCGGCUUCAAAACCUUACAGUUUCACGAGAAUUGCAUAACUAAUUGCCAAAGUUUCCAUGCAAUAAUAGGAUUGGAGGGAGUACAAUGAAGUAGUGACAUUGGCUUUGAGCCCUCCUUUAUCGUCGAAUUCGUACUUUCCAAAUCGCACGGGAGAGUUGAGCGGAAUUCCGUCUUCCGUCUUCCGUGAAUUUUUUUGUUCCGUCUUCCGGGAAAAAAGUUUUCUUCCGUCUUCCGUCUUCCGGGAUUUUUCUUAUUACCGUAAAAGAGUAAUAGCUUUUCAGAUGCCAUUUACUAGCCCCGAAGAACGCGAAUGUCCACGGGCAGUGACCCAGAUUCAAAAAUUUUUUUGUUGUUCAGUUAUUUUUUUCAAAAACCGGAGAAAAAAAGGUUCUGCGUUGACGAUUUUUUCUUCCGUCUUCCGUCUUCCGUCUGUCGUCUUCCGGUGAAAAGUUUUCUUCCGUCUUCCGUUUUCCGUGUUCCGUUAAAAACAUUUUCUUCCGUCUGCCGUCUGCCGUCUUCCGGAUUUCAAAAUUCCAUUUUCGCUCAACUCUGGUACAGAUCCAACAAUUUUGUCAAAAAGAUUCUCCCAACAGCGAAAAAACGAGAAGAAAAGGUGUGUCCGCCUCCGAUUAGCCAGUCCGUUAUCCAGUUUUCUCUCUGCCUCGCGCGCCCAAUUCCUAUCCGAUUCGGAUUUUUUCGAUUUUCCUGAUUGUUCGCCGAAAAUGUGUAUAAAAGCGAGAGAGAGCGCGGCGGAUUGGAACACUCAUUCUAUCUUUUGCUUUUGAUAUAACAUUUUGCCAUAUUCUCCAGAUGAUUUCCGUUAUUUUGAGCGUCAGCUUGGAAAAAUAGCAAAGAGCGGUGAUUUGCAGAAAUGGUGAAAGCCGUUGUGGGAUUCGGAGCCGCUUGCGGUGUCUCGGCGAUCGUCGCGUGCCUCUGGGCCGCCCUUGUCAUCACGAAUGACAUCAACGACAUGUACGACGACGUGAUGGGAGAGCUCGGAGGAUUCAGAGUGAGUGAGAAUUGAGCAGCCGAUAUCGCCUUUUUUUGAACAAUUUAAAACAUUGAUUCUUUUCGUGAAUUGUCGAUAAAUUUCGUUGACAAUGCGCAGAAUCGAAAGCCUCUUCAAUUCGCGUGCGAGAAUUUCGUGCUGCGCCUUUAAAAAACUACCAUAAUUUUCACACUUGUCGUGAAUAAUCUCUUUGUUCAUUUCGGAAGAAUUCUCUCCGAUUCGACCUUAAUGGGGCUGUUUUUUUACAUCGCUGAAUUGGAUUUUUUGACGUAAAAAAACGAAAAAAAAACGGAAAACAAUCAUUUUGUUUCACAGCCUGAAUAACCCCAUAAAAGUGUCUGUAAUUCGUCAAUUUCGCAUAUUUUUUGACGUUUGAACGCUCAAAAGAUGCGCAAUGCAACGCUCUUUCUCGUGUCGGCUCUUUUGAAAUAUUCCGAAAUCAAAUGUGCUCGUGCGCAUCGAAACUGUUGUUUUUCAGUGCUAAUUUUGAAAGAAUCUGCUCCGUUCAGCGCUUGAAUUUUCCGCCUCUCGACGAACAAAAUGUCAAAGUUUGAAGAGAGAACAUUGAGAAUGAAACGAUUCCGAGUUGCUGGAUGAUGCAAACGCUUGCGCAUUCAACACUUUCUACCCCCAAAAUUCCCGCCAAACGUAACCGUUUUAUAUUUCCAGGACAUCUCGGAUGAGACGUGGGGAACGAUGCUGGACGUGCGUCGUGGAUCGGGCGAGUCGGCGGAGGAGUACGUGCGCGGAAUCUUCGGCCGCCACAAGCGCUCGAACAGCCAGUGCUCGUGCGGACUCCCAUCUCAGGGAUGCCCAGCCGGAGCGCCCGGAAACCCGGGAGCCCCUGGAGAGCCCGGAGGCACCGGACCAGACGGAAAGAACGGACCGCCUGGACUGCCGGGACUCAACAUCCCGAUCCCGAACGACUUCCCGAAAGAGUGCAUCAAGUGCCCCGCCGGACCACCAGGACCCGACGGACUCCCCGGACAGGAAGGAUUCCAGGUACUUUUUUGCAACACGUUUUUCAGAUUUUCCUGAAAGUGCGUAUAAAAGAGCGCUUGGCUUUCUUUGAAAAAGUAUUGCUUCACUUUAGUAGGCUGAGCGCUCGUGGCGGGUUUGUAGCAUUUUUCGGAUAUAAGUUAUGAUUUUUUUUUAAGGAAAGCAAAUGUUUGCAACAACAAUCUAGUCCUAACGGUGAACAAUGUAAUGCAAACAUUUGUGAAAAUUUUUUGAAACAGUAGUUUCAGAAGAAAUCAACAAAAGUCACCUGUUGUCUAAAUUAUUCACUUCUUUUCUGCCUACAAGCCAAGGAAAAUGACAUAUUUCUAAUCAAUCAAUAUUGCAGGGACUGCCAGGAGACGCCGGAAAGCGCGGAACGCCCGGAAAGGACGGAGAGCCAGGCCGCGUGGGCGACAUCGGAGACGAGGGACAUCCAGGACAGGACGGUCAGCCGGGACUCGCUGGACCACCGGGACGCGACGGACUCACCGGAAAGGGACUGCCAGGAGUGGCCGGACGACCAGGACUGCCGGGCGCACGCGGAGAGCCAGGAAACAACGGAAACCCGGGAGAGGAGGGCGCUCCGGGAGCACAGGGACCCACCGGACAGCCCGGAAAGGACGGAUUCAACGGAAACGACGGAACUCCGGGACAGGCGGGACCACAGGGAGCCGUCGGAGCCGACGCAGAGUACUGCCCGUGCCCAGAGAGAAAGAGAAGACGUCUCUAG